GGCCAUUGGGUGCAUGGGACAUCUGCUCCAGGCCUGGCGAGGGGACCCUGACCAGGUGUCCCAUGCAGACGUGGCUCUGCUGGGAGCCAGAGGCGUCCUCGCUCAGGUGAGACCCUGCAUUUGGGGGAAUGUGCCUUCCCACAUCAAAUCUGAGCUAAAGGAUUAGAAACUGCUAGACUCUGCCUUCUGUGGCUCAGGGGAAGACCCUGAACUUGAACUUGGGAAAGGAGCCACGACCAAAGUUGUCUGGGCCUCAGGUCUUUCUCAGAAUGAGAUGGUCCUCCCUGCAGGGAGUUGCCCGUGUGCACGUGCACCCGCUGGUCCCCCGAGGAGAGGAGCCCCUUUUGCACCCGGAGCUCCUCCGGUCCCAGGUUAAGCAGCCUCUCUUGGCCCCUGCCUGGCUGUCCCCCUCCCAGGGCACCAGGGCACCGUGCACAAAGGGGGUUCGAAGCAGGACAAUUCCAGUCGAGGACCAAGCUUUUUCUGUCCUAAGAGGAACCAAGAAAUGUCUCUGCAAAAGGAGAAGUGUGUCGCCGUGGCCCCCGGAUGAAUACCCCACCUCUGUCCCCACUUGAGCCCCUGUUCACUGGAAAGCCACAAACAUUCCAAGCCUGGACUUCUACAGAAUCAUCUCAAGUUCUUCGAACUCCACUGGUCCAGGGAAGGAUGGGAGGAAGCGCUGAUGGGCGGGGCCAGAUCCCAGCGAGGUUAAAUAGGUCACCUCCUCCCUGGGCGUCCAUCCUGUCUCCCCCUGGCUGAGGGACCACACGCAGAGACCUUCUCCGGGCUCCAGCACCAUGACCCCAUGGAAGACGCUGCUCCUGCUCACCCUCCUCCUGGGGGCUUCCCUGCAGGAGGCCCGUGCAGCUCGAGGGAUCAACGUGGGCCGGGAGUGCUGCGUGGAGUACUUCAAAGGGGCCAUCCCUGUGCGGAGGGUGGUGCGGUGGUACCAGACCUCGGAGGAGUGUCCCAGGGCUGCUGUCGUGUAAGCCUGCCCUUCCCCCGCCCCCCGCCCCGAUCCUGGGAGCUGAGUGUGGGAGAGGGAGGUCCUGGAGCUUCCAGAAGGGCCACUGGGAA